GGUGAAGUGUACCAUGCAAAUGAUAUCAUUGGUGAUGGUGAUGUGGUUGUCAAGCUCCAAUGUAUCACUGGCUCCACCACCAGCUUGGAGCAUGAGUAUAACAUGCUCAGGCAACUUGGUGACACUGUUGGCAUCCCCCAUGUCCACUGGUUUGGACGUGAGGACAACUAUGAUGCCCUAGUCCUUGAUCGUCUUGGACAGUCACUUGAGAGUGUAUUCAAGACAUAUCAACACUCUUUCAGCCGCAACACUAUAGUGUUCAUAGCCCAUCAGCUUGUCUGCUGCCUCCAGUACAUUCACUCAAAAUACUUCAUUCAUUGUGACUUGAAGCCUGACAACAUCCUUAUUGGAACUGGCAAGGACACGCACAAGAUUUAUCUUGUUGACUUUGGCAUCUCCAAACAAUACAGAUACCUGCGCACUCACCUCCACAUUGCAUUUGAACAAACCACCUCCUUGACAGGAACUCCGGCUUUCAUGUCCAUCAAUAGCCAUGCAGGCAUGGAGCUAGGACGUCGUGAUGAUAUCGAGUCCCUUGCAUACCUCUUGAUUUACUUAUUUCGUGGAUCUCUACCUUGGCUCCACUGUAGCGGGAUCUCUGACGAGCAAGUUGUUGAGAUGAAGUAUGACACAACAAAGUUGUGCCAAGGCCUUCCUGAAGAGGUUGAACAGAUCCUCACCUAUUCAUGUUCCCUCUUGUUUGACCAGAAACCGGACUACACAUUCUUAUGUCGCCUUCUUCAGCGCAUCAACAGUACAGUGUUACGGCGAACCGUAAGUCGACUAGGAUAG